CCGCCAUUUCACGUGAAAGCAGCGCGGAACGAGCAACGUCAAGGGCCGAACGUUUAGAAUAAAUCAGGCAGAAUUUGAAUUACAUUCGCCAACUGGAGACUUAGGAACCAAAGCAGCCGUUAUAACAAACGGUAGGGCCUAGCAGUUUGUCUUUCAAGUGGCCUUUGCUGUUGCUUGGAGAAGAAGAAAAUGAGCUACGGAAGGCCGCCACCAGACGUGGAGGGAAUGACCUCCCUCAAAGUGGACAACCUGACUUACCGAACUUCGCCGGAGACCUUGCGUCGAGUUUUUGAGAAGUAUGGCCGUGUGGGGGAUGUAUAUAUCCCCCGGGAUAGGUACACCAAGGAGAGCCGCGGCUUCGCCUUCGUACGGUUCCUCGACAAGCGCGACGCCGAGGACGCCAUGGACGCUAUGGACGGCGCGCUGCUCGACGGGCGGGAGCUUCGGGUGCAGAUGGCCCGCUACGGACGACCACCGGACUCAAUGUACAGCCGGAGAGGUGCUCCGCCACGCAGAUAUGGAGGCCGGUCAGCCAGCCCCCGCCGCCGCAGACGAAGCCGCAGCCGCUCUAGAAGCAGAAGCCGUUCCCGAUCCAGGAGCCGCCACCACUACAGCCGCUCUAGGUCUCGCUCUUACUCCAGAUCCAGGUCAAGGUCCAGGUCCAAGUCUAAGUCUAAGUCCAAAUCCAAGUCCAGAACCCCCAGACGGAGCAAGUCAAAGUCUCCCUCCAGGUCUCGCUCCCGCUCCAGAUCCAAGUCAAGAAGUCGAACCCCGCCUUCCAACAGAGGGUCAAAAUCCAGGUCCAGGUCCAAAUCCAAGAGUAGACCUAAAUCACCAGAGGACAACGGAGCCGAGUCUUAACCCAAACUUGGACGCAAUAUGACGGUAUUCAGGGGAAAGGGUGGAUUAAUGAUUAUAUUACUUGUUAUACUCAGACAGUAGUCAUCAUUGUGGUAUUCUGCAGUCUUGAUGCUACAUUGCAAUCAUUUGCAGACAAGCAACCAGGUCUGCAGAAUCUUGAAUGUUUUUAGAAAUUAAAAUUAGAUUGGGACUGAUGUAGACAGGCCUAGUGCUGUGUGUGCUUUACUUUGCUUGUACCUUCAGUAAAGCUAAAACACACACAGGCACUCACAGGGAGAUUUGACUUAAUGUGAUCUGCCAUAGCACAUAAUUCAAAUUGGGGUGAUGUGAGUGUGUAUGGGAGGGAGGGGUGGAUGGGACGUGGGGUGCUUCACUCAAAACGUUCACCUAAAUGUGGAAUUCUUUCCUCCAAGCUGCGGAGUCCUGUUUGCAAAGAGAGGAGGAGGAGAUGGGGGUGUGGCAGUGUGAGAGCAGUUAGUGUGUGACCCGCCCAUGUGACCUGCCUGUUGCUGAGAGCGAUGGCAGUUGCUAAGGAGCAGGUCACCAAGGCAACGGUGGUUGCUAUGGAGCAGGUCGUCAUGGCGGUGGUUCGGGCUGUCAGUUGGUGUAUGAGGUGGUGUGGUGAGGUACGUUCACGGGGAUCACAGGCAGAUGCACUGAGCACUGUUCCCACCCGUGCCUGUGGCGUCCUCCGCCUCUCAAAGGGAACGGACCCCGAGGUUUGUUUUUCAAAUAUGCCCGAGUGUAAGAGUCUUGUUAGAACUAGUUUUUGGGAGUGUGGGGCCAAGAAAGGUGUGUGUAAACAAAUGUGAUAAUAACUAGAAAUAUUAGGUAUAUUAAAAGAAGAGUUGCACAAAAAAGCCAGUUUUAUGAAUGUUAGUGUCAAGAGGGAGAAGAUCAGACCAGUACUGUUUAAAUAUCAGGUCAGCUGCAGAAGGGAACAUUGCCAUUUUGUUUUGCUCUUCUCAACUGUAUUUUGUCUUUCCUUCCAGAUCUCAGAUGAUUGAGCCUUUGCUGAGGACAUCAGGAAGAGUCUCACAUGGAGCAAGUGGACUCCACUAUUACCACUGAAUGCAGACUGAAAGGUUAUUGGAGCUUGGUCUAAAAUGUUUUAAAUGUUUCAUUUGACUUAAUUUGCCUAAACAAAUUCUGUAACUUUGAUGUCAUCAUUGUUUGUAAAGUUGAGCACAUUGAAAGGGAUUUGUAAGGUGUUUUUUUUUUUUUUUUUUUUGGUUUGGUUUUUUUUUUUUUUUUUUUUUUUUCCCCCAAUCAAAAUUGGGUAUUUUUAAUUUUGAUUGAAUUUGUAUAUGUUAAUAAAUUCUUUUUUGACCAUAAGUAUAUUUCUUUUAAUGAAACCCCUUGUUUAACACUCUUUCCAGAUGGAUAUGGGAGAGUUUUAUUGCAGAGUUGAUGUAGAAAAGGGUCACGUUGGAUAUUUCAGCUAUGUUAUACCACUCUUAUUGGGAAAAAUGGCUUACUGUACAGUGACAUAAAAGCAAAACAUGAAAAAUUCGCAUUGCCACUUAAUUUGUGACUUGUUAAUCCGGCAACAUAGUAUUUUCUUUUCUGUCACAUCUCUUUUUUCUGUCUGGUUAAAGUUGCUUUCCUAUGACUCUAACCCUCUUUCUUGUGUAUCUUUUGUGCACUAGGCGCAGUUGUGUAGCAGUUGAGUAAUGCUGGUUAGCUGUUAAGAUGCGGUGCAGUGCGGUGGUGACAUGGUGUGGCGUGUUGCGGUGCUGAGUGCCCGGUGCUGUUCCGGGGCUCGACCCUCCGCUGCUGUUUGCCGGUUUGUAAGCUCACAGGUGUGGCAGAUCAUCCAUCCUCUCCUGUCUUGUGAUCUCUUCUUCCCUCCAUGUGCUGUACAGAUUCUCUUCUCCCUUUUCUCUUUAUUCUCCCUACUUUCCUUUUCCCCUCUCUGUGGUUCAUCCACUGUUGAAAACUGGCCUUGCUCGCUUCUUGAAAUUGGGUCCAUUGGGACUCCUAGUAAAGGGUUUAAACGGCAGUUCUGACUGCUUAAUGAAUCAUUUUUGUGUAUUGCAUUCCUCUGUGAACCUCUCAAAUGUCUUGUUAUUGCUUCAGGUGAAUGCUAAUAAACAUUUUUGUCUUAAAUAA